UCCUAAAUAUUCCUUUUACAAUGCAUUUUGCAUAUUUCGUACACCUGAAAAUGUACCAAAAACGAAAAAUAGUACUCGGUAAAAUACUACCCAUAUUUACAACACUGUGCUUUUAUACAAACAGAUUGCAACCCUAUAAACGUUGUGCAAAUUUUGUUUAUGAAAAGAAAAUAGAUGGGUAAAACAAACAGAGAAACAAAGAAAAAAUCACGUAAAGUAGAAAGAAAAAAGGAACAUGUAAAAAGUUUUCCAUUUUCAAAGAAAAUUUAUUUCAAUCAUUGACGUUUUCCAUGGAAAAAAAGAGUUUGACUGCCUGACUUAAUAUGUGUGUGAGUUCGUGUGAAUGAGUGUGUGUGUGUGUGAAAAAGGUGAACUUUGAAAAACUAUUAAAUGGAAAAAAGGAAAAUGAAGAAAAAGAAAAUCGAGUAAAAUAUUAUGCGUAGUAAAAUAAAUUCCUUAUUUUUUGUUAAAAAUAGAAAAUGAAAUUAAUAAAUAAAUGCAACAUUUUGGAAAAUUAAAAAACAUUAAACAGAAAAUACAAUUAUAAAAGAAAAAAAUUAAUGAAAAGAGACAAAUUUUAAGUGAAAAAAUAAAAAUUAAAAAAAUGAUUAUAAACGAGUACAAAACAAAAAAGAAAAACAUUCUCUGAAAAAAAGAAGAAAAUUAAAACGAAAUAAUUAGUUUAAAUGAAUGUGAAUUAAAGAAUUACAAGAAAAAAACACGCUACACUUUUUAUAAUUGAAGAAUUUUUGUAACAAGAAUUUUUGCAAAAAAAAAAAAAACCCUAAAUGCUAGAAUUAAACAAUUGAACUAAUUUUAAAUUAAAAUUAAACACAACACAAACAACAGCAGCAGUAGCAUCAACAGCAGCUUUAAAAUAUGGAUGGCUCUAAUAAUACAACUGGAGGUUUAUCUUCGCGUAGUCUUCCCUCGCUAUUUGCAAUAAGCAAUGGUUCCUCUAUGGCUUCUAAAGAUCUAGAAGGCUUAAUGGCCAUGAAUGAUAGUGCAUUGUCACAACAAAUCGAAUUUAUCUUACAAGAUGCUCCCAUGGAGCACGAAGAUGCUGAUGAUGCCGAUGACGACGAAAAUGACAAUCAUCAUCAACAUCAUCAUCAUCGCCAGCCAACACACAAUCAGCAAGUAUUAUAUCAACAACACCAAGUGACCACAAAGUCCUCGUCCGCCAACGAAGUUGGUCAUCAACUAAUGGAAACAGAAACCAGCAGCAGUUCUCAGGGGGCCAUAUCAUCGACUGCAGCUGCUAAGAAAACAAUAGCAGCUGCCAUUUAUAAAUUAGAGACCCCACCGAAUUCAACUACACCAAUAACAAGCGCUUCCGAUUUAAGUCAAACCAGUCAAGACGCUGAACAGUCCAUAAUCGAAACAAAAAUACCAACAGCACAACAUCAACAUCAUACAACUAUUGUUCAACAGCAGCAACAACAGCGUCGUCCAACGCAUCAUCAUUUCCUUAAUGGUCGUGGUAUCAUUGUACGCUCUUCAGAUUUACACAAUUACAAUUCGCUGCCCUUGUCAGCGGCAGCCUCAAUGGAUCAUCAUUCUUUGGAAACCGAAGACGAUGAAGAAGAUCCCGAACUAAACGAUGAAAACUUGCAAGAUAUCGAAGAGGAGGCUAAGGCAGCUGAAGCCGACGAGGAACCUCCCCAUCUAGAAGCCACACAAAUCAAAGUGGAAAAUAUGGAGGUACAACCCAGUGAUAAUACUCCAAGAUUGGCCUACACUAGUGCUGCCACUACCGUGACCACCACCGAUGCCGAUGGCCAGCCGACACAAUUGGUAUUGCCAGCCGGUUCCAUUGUCAGCACUGGUACACGCACUGUAACAGUGCCCGUUUCCGAAGCUUUAGCCCAUCUUCAAAGACGUCCAGUAUUCAUUAGCAACGGAGUGGCCAAUGUGGGCGGCACCACUUUGGUACGUAUGCCCGCUGUUUUGAGUCGUAAUGGUUCGAUGGCGGUCUUAAAUGUGGUACAACAGCAAGUUGGUACCAAUGGCCAAACAACACAGCUGAUACUGCAGGCUGCCCCCAUGGGAAGUAGCGGCACUGCCACUGGAACUCCUAUAAUGGUAACCACCACCCAGCAGCCACCGCAGCAUCAACAGCUAACUAAUACUACAACAGAUAAUACAGGGAAUUCAUCACCAAUUUCAACCAUAACACAAACUUCCAAUACCCAUCAAAUACUGACAAAUGCUUUAACGACCAAUCAACAGGCGCAGCUGCAACAAGCUCAUCAUCAACAGCAACAACAAACAACUACAAUAAUGACUCUUAACAGUGGCUCAACAACGACCUCCCCUUCGUCGUCGACGUCGUCUUCAGCAGCUACUGCAUCUGCAACAACAAAUGCUGCCAUAUCAACAACAAGAUCACCACCUCCCCGAUCAACAUCCAUUUCGACUCAUCCUAUUGCAUCGACUUCAGCCCAAGCUCAGGCAGCUUAUACCCGCAAUACAGCAUCCACCUCGCCACCCUCCUCUUCUUCGUCCGCUUCACCCUCAUCCACCUCCAUGCCGUCUGGGUCUGGCACAAUGGGUGGUGGCGGCGGUGGCACAAUCUAUCAGUGCUUGGAAUGUGUAGAGAAAUUCGACAACAAAGAACUCUUCGAAAUUCAUCGUUCCGGCCAUGCCAACAACAUGAAAUGCGCCAUCUGUAAUAUGGUUUUGAAAUCAUUGAAAAACUAUGAGAAACACUGUCUUCGCUGCAAACCGUACGAAUGUCAAAUUUGCGGUCGUGUCGUACGUUUUCGUCCCAAUUUCAUAAAACAUAUGCGCGUCCACACCGGACAACAGUCCGAACGUCAUAAGUACAAGUGCGAAGUGUGUCACAAAGAAUUCAUGAGUUUCGAAUACUUUAAGGUUCACAAAAAGAUCCACAAUGAAAAUGUUAAUCUGACGUGUGAAAUAUGCGGCAAACAAUUUAGCGCUUUGGCGUCGUUGAGAGGACAUUCUAAAUUGCAUUCUGGUGUUAAGUUGCACAAAUGUGAAGUUUGCGGUAAAGGCUUUGGUCAACGUUACAAUCUCAAGAUACAUGCUCGCACACAUACUGGUGACUUUCCAUUCGAGUGUAAAAUCUGUAAAAAGAAAUUACACACUCAAUCAUCGUUGCAAACCCACAUGCAAGUUCAUCAACGUGUUCAAACGUCACAAGCAACGUCAACCAUUAAAUCAACAGCCACCAGUACCACAACCAGUGGUAAUACAAGUUCCAGUAGCAGUGCCAGCAGUGCUCACAAUUCACCCACUUCGACCAUCAUCAAAAUGGAACCACAGUUGACAGAGUCCUCCAGUCCACUGGAAAGACCCAGCACCAGUGGCAAUGUAUUGCUCAGCCAACACUCCAUGCACGAUGAUCUAGACGAUAAUUCGGCCAUGAGUGAUGAACUCAAUUCGUUGAAUGGCCAUCAGUAUGUUACAACUAGUUGUGUUAAGAAUACAAUUGUCUCAGCCACCGGCGAUGAUUCAUCCGAAUCAUCGAAUACUUCACAAGAACAAUUGCGACAGACUAGACAAAUCUUAUUGAACGGAGGCACACCGACACGAGCCAUUGUGAUUAAUAACUAUUUGCAUAAUAAUGAUAAUAAAGGUGUUGACACACUGCUGUCGCAGACAUCACAGCCGCAACAUCAUGCUCAAGUCAUACGUCAUAAUAAUAGCAGUAGUAGCAGUCAUAUAACGAGCAGCAGUAGUAGUGCAUUGCAACAACAAUUGAUGCGUAAAACUCCUAUAAUACAUUCGACUGGUGGUGUAACAUCAUUAACAAGUUCAGUAUUUGCCAGUGCCAUUCAACAUAGAGGCACAUCACCAUCUCCCUCACCUUCUUCUUCAUCAACAUCAUGUUCCUCUUCAGUUGUGGUCUCUAAAUCUGGAGUACCCCUAUCAUUGGCCUCGGCUGCCCUGGGUUCCUCUUCAAUAAUACGCAGUACACGAGAUCAUGAUGCCAGUCUCAAUGGCCAUCAUCAUCAUCACCAACAAAAUCACCACAACAAUCACCAACGCAAUAACCACCGAAAUCACCACCGGCGUCGUCAUCUGGCCGAUAUGGAUGAUGACGAUGAUGAUACGAAUUUACAUCAUCCGAGUGUCAAUAACGGCCGUCACUUUGAUGACGACGAUGAUAUAUUAGAUGAGAAAUCUUCCCCGUCCCUGGCUACGACAGCCAUCAAAACCGAACCGAAUUUCUAUGUCUCUGGUGAUAAUUCGAAUGAGAUGUUGAUCAAAGAAGAGGUUGUAUUCGAUGACAAUUCCGCCAAUUCGCCCCACUCGCCACCCAGUUCGAAAUUUGGCAUGUCCAAUUUUGACAAUGAUCUCGACCAUCAUGUAGAUUUGUCUCAUUCGUUACCCACGUAUGGGUAUCUCUUGGACCAACACUCCAUACCCGACACAAUACCAGCUCAACUGUAUGCCGAUGAUGAUGAUUUUCGAUUAGAUCACAAUUCACUGGGAGCUUUACACAAUAAUUCUUCAUCGACCAACGAUGGUGAUUACAUUAAGAAAGAGUGGAGCUAUGGCACAAGUUCGAAUUAUACAAUAAAUGGCAAAUUUGAUGACGACAGCAAUGCUUUAUGUGAUGCCGCCAAUUUCAUUUAUAAUUGAUUGGAAGAUAUACCACCGUCACCGGUAUUAGUAGAUGGUUGAUAUCGUUAUAACUACAGCAAGAGCAGCAGCAGCAAUUUAAAAACGAAAACAAGGUGAAGUUAAAUAGUUUAUAAUUAUAAUAAUCAUCAUAAAUAUUGAAUCCUGGAAUCCCUGUUGUGGCCAGAGAAAAAGAAUAAUAAUUUUUUUUCUUAUUUCUUUCGCCCCUUACACAGAUUUCUUUUAUUAGCGUUAAACAAACAAAAAAAGCAUGUGUUUUGUAACGAAACAUGUAAAAAAAAACAAAUGCCAACAAAUUUACUAAGUAUUGAAAACAAAACAAACACAAGCACAUUAUAUAAAUUAUAUAUAAUUUUAAUUAUUAAACUUAAAAGAACAAACAAAAACAUACAAAACCCUUUAUGGUUUAAAAACCGCUAACAAAAGGACAACAAAUCCAAAAGUUUUUUACUUUUUGAAUGUUGUUUAAGUUAAAAGAAUUUUACAAAAAAAAAUUUAACUCCUCCUCGCAUAAAAUGAAACAGCAAAAGAACAACAAAUUAAACAAGUGAAUUUUCUUUUUCAUUUACUGAACGCUAAGAAAACGUAACCUAGAACUAGAACUUAAAAUAAAACUUUUUCUGGGAUUUUGUUCUUCUUUUAACAAAAAACAAGCAAAUAAACAAAAAGAGCAAAAAAAUAACUCUUUUCAACACUGUCUCUUGUCCCCACCUAAACUAAUCUCCUGUUGGUUGUUUUUCUCCCCCC